AUGGUAGGCGCAACUGAAAAAGCUAGACAAAGAUUCUUCAUUUCAGAUGCAGCUCACUGUGACCCUUGCCCAGAAGACCAAUAUCCCAAUAAGGAUAAGAACCACUGCAUUGCAAAGAAGCUCCACUACCUUUCCUAUCAAGACAUCCUGGGAUACACUUUAGGAUCUCUCGCUCUUUUUCUCUCUGUGAUCACAUCUACAGUCCUGGUGAUUUUUGUUAAACAUCGUGGCACACCAAUAGUCAAAGCUAACAACCGAGAUCUCACCUACAUCCUUCUAGUCUCCCUCCUGCUCUGCUUCCUCUGCUCCUUCCUCUUCAUUGGUCAACCUGAGAAGUUCAUCUGCCUCUUCCGACAAGUUGCCUUUGCCAUCCUUUUUUCCCUUGCAGUUUCCUCUGUCUUGGCAAAAACUGUCAUGGUGGUUCUGGCCUUCAUGGCCACCAAGCCAGGGAACAGGGCAAGGAAUUUCUUAGGAAAAUCACUGACCAACUCCAUUGUCUUAGCCUGUCCCCUGGUCCAAGCAACUCUUUGUGCCACUUGGCUGGUAAUCUCUCCUCCAUUUCCCAACUUGGACUUCCACUCCUUGGUAGGAGAGACCAUCUUGGAGUGUAAUGAAGGCUCAACUUUAAUGUUUUACACUGUCCUUGCCUACCUGGGUUUCUUGGCUCUUGUGAGUUUCAUGGUGGCCUUUUUGGCUAGAAAAUUGCCUGACAGUUUUAACGAAGCCAAGUUCAUUACUUUUAGCAUGUUGAUCUUUUGCAGUGUUUGGAUCACCUUCCUCCCCACCUACCUGAGCACCAAAGGGAAGUCAAUGGUGGCUGUGGAGAUCUUCUCCAUUUUGGCCUCUGGAGCUGCUCUCUUGGCUUGUAUUUUUUCCCCCAAAUGCUACAUUAUCCUAUUGAGACCAAAUCUGAAUUGUAGAGAAAAUAUAGUAAGAAACAAGAAUAUGUAA